AUGCAUAUACAUAUACAUUGUUCAUAUCGUUUCUUGAUCAAAUUUUCAAAUUUACAAAACACUACAAAGUGAUGUUGUUUGCAUCAAGGCUUAUAGCAUUGAUUUGGUUUCUGGGGUUUGCUAAUUAUGUGGCAUCAUCUUGUUUGCCUCCUCAAGAAUUGGAAGCAUUGUCGGUGGUAGCAAGGAAGCUGGGGAAGAUGGAUUGGAAUUUCGAUGGUGUAGUUGAUCCAUGCACCAAAGAGCUCCCAUGGUGGGAUAAUAGUGUUAUAGAUGGAAAGGGAGUAAACUGCAGCUUCAUCGCCAUUGGGAAUGAUACUAAUACUGCUACUUGUCAUGUUACUCAGAUCAUUUUGAAGACGGAGAAUCUAAAUGGGUCACUUCCCAAGGAGCUAGUUGGCCUCCCUUACCUACAAGAUAUUAACCUUGAAAGGAACUACCUCAAUGGCAAUCUCCCUCCAGAAUGGGGUUCAAUGGAAUUCCUUCGAAAAAUCACUGUUCUCGGGAACCGUCUCACCGGUCCAAUUCCAACAGAAUACGGCAACAUCACCACCCUUGAAGAACUGGUUUUGGAGGCUAAUCAUUUUACAGGAAAUAUUCCUGGGGAGUUUGGGGAUCUUCCUCUUAUAACAAGAUUACAGCUUACUUCCAACAAUUUCACUGGAGAGUUAUCCCCUAAUCUAGCAAAAAUUACCACUUUGGAAGUGUUCCGAAUUAGUGACAACAACUUCACAGGAAGCAUACCAAAUUAUAUCCAGAACUGGAUGAAUAUCAAAAGAAUGGAGAUUCAGGCUAGUGGUCUGAGUGGACCGAUCCCUUCUAACCUUACUUUUCUAACCAAGUUAACUGACCUAAGAAUCAGUGACCUCAAUGGGAAGCAAUCAGACUUCCCCAUUCUUGCUACCUCUACUAAAUGGGAACAAGUGAUAUUAAGGAGUUGCAAUAUUGUGGGGGAACUCCCGAACUUUAUUGAACAUCUGAUGGUUGCCGAUUCUCUAGAUUUGAGUUUUAACAAUUUAACAGGACCGGUUCCUCCUGCUCUUGGUGUUCAAAAAGGAGACAUCUACCUAACUGGGAAUUCCUUUACUGGGGAGGUGCCUGAAUUAAUGAAAGAUAAGAGAAACAUCGACCUAUCCUACAACAACUUCACACCUGUAAGUCCAGAACCAAGAUGCGCGACAAAAAGCCCAAACUUGUUUGCCAACUCAAAUGGAAACACCAAUGGUGCUUUUUAUUGUGUAAAUCCGCAAUGCAAGUCAAAUGAUUUCUACUCUUUCUAUAUAAACUGCGGAAGCCAAGAAAGAGUUGGUAAAUAUGAAGCUGAUAACUCUGCUGAAAACUUCUACCGAGGUACAAACUGGGGAUUCAGCAGCAUAGGCAAGUUCUGGGAUUAUAAUAAAAUAUCUGGAUACGGAAAAAGUCUGAUUGCAUCAAGCAACUUAAGCAUUUCAGGGCCGCCAGAAUCUGAACUGUACUCCACAGCACGCCUUUCCCCACUCUCACUGACUUAUUUUGGAUUUUGUUUGAGAAAUGGUAAAUACAGAGUGGAUAUCCACUUUGCGGAGAUCAUGUUUACUAAUGACACAACUUACAGAAGCCUCGGAAGGCGUAUUUUUGAUAUUUAUAUUCAGGGAAAACUUGUUGAGAAGGAUUUCAACAUUGAGAAUGCAGCAGGUGGAGUAAAUACUCCAAAAACAAUGCAAUAUCCUGCAUUUGUUGGUGAUCACACCUUGGAGAUCCGCUUCUAUUGGGCUGGAAAAGGAACAGCUGCUCUUCCUAUGAGAUCUGUAUAUGGUCCUCUCAUUUCAGCCAUAUCUGUCGUUCAUGCUACUUAUAAGCCUGGAAGCGGCAUCUCUACAGGAGCUAAAGUUGGUAUAGCGAUGGCAGCUAUUUUCGCACUCGUGUUGCUUGUGGGUAUUCUGAGGUUGAAGGGCUGUUUGGGGGGCAAACACUCGAUGUAUCAUGAUUUGAAGGGUCUUGACCUUCGGACGGGGUCAUUUACCCUAAGGCAAAUAAGAGCUGCUACAAACAAUUUUGAUCCUGCUAAUAAGAUUGGUGAAGGUGGAUUUGGUCCCGUGUACAAGGGUGUUCUGUUAGAUAAAACCAUCAUCGCUGUGAAGCAGCUUUCUUCCAAAUCAAAUCAAGGGAACCGCGAAUUCGUUAAUGAAAUAGGCAUGAUUUCCGCUUUACAACAUCCUCAUCUUGUUAAGCUCUACGGAUGCUGCAUAGAAGGCAACCAGUUGUUGCUUGUCUAUGAGUAUUUGGAAAACAAUAGCCUUGCUCGUGCAUUAUUUGGCCCGGCACAACACCAAUUGCAUUUGGAUUGGCCAAUGAGGAAAAAGAUCUGCGUCGGCAUAGCAAGAGGUUUGGCUUACCUUCACGAGGAAUCGAGGCUGAAAAUCGUCCAUCGUGAUAUCAAGGCUACUAACGUGCUUCUUGAUAAAAACCUAGUCCCUAAAAUAUCUGAUUUUGGGCUCGCAAAGCUAGAUGAAGACGACUCCCACAUAAGCACGCGCAUUGCUGGAACUUUUGGAUACAUGGCACCCGAAUAUGCAAUGCGAGGGUAUUUGACAGAUAAAGCCGACGUGUACAGCUUCGGAGUCGUUGUUUUGGAAAUUGUCAGUGGGAGGAGCAACAGUAGUGUCAGGCGUAAGGAGGAUAGCUUUUAUCUUCUUGACUGGGCUAUUUCCUUGAAGGAGAAAGGAAAUUUGUUGGAGCUAGUCGAUCAGAGAUUAGAGUCGAGCUUGAACAAGGAAGAGAUUACUAGAGCUAUCAAUGUGGCGCUCAUUUGCACAAAUGUUGUAGCUGCAGAAAGACCAAGUAUGUCAGCUGUAGUGAGCAUACUCGAGGGGAAAGAUGGCGUUGCAAACUUGGUCUCUGAGCCGAGCAGCUCAGUUGGUAAGAUAAAACUCGAUGAAGUGGAAAUGGGUGCAGCUGUUGGUGAGGGUGUUUUCAUGGAUGCGCCGUGGAUUGGCUCUUCAACUUCUGCUGUGGAUCUCUAUCCAAUUGCCCCUGAUACAAAUUAUUGGGAGAAGAGAGGUUUGUAGAAUUAACAUUUACUGAAAAAAUAAACUAUCUUGCUUAAUUUUUGCUAGUGUUGUGAAGAUAUGUAAAGUUACAGUGAUUAUACUCUCUAUAUGAUAAGUUGUCUAUUUAUUUGUCACCUAA